AUGGCAGCCCCAUCUCAUGACAGAGUCAAAAUCAAUUUUGAUGGCUCAGUUCGAAGUAACUCUGCAGCUGGAGAUUUCAUUAUUAGAAUUGAAACCGGCAAAUCUCUUGUUGCAGCCUCUUUCAACUCCGGCACCACCACUGUUCCGGUUGCUGAAGCUCUAGCUCUGCUCAAUAGCCUCGUGUAUGCUAAGGAGCAAGGCUUCUCCAAGAUUGAAGUCGAGGGCAACUCUAAGUUGGUGAUUGACGCUGUGAAUGGAGUCUUGACCCCUCCGUGGAAGUUACUCAAACUAAUUCAUGAUAUCAAAUUUUUGAGUAAUUCCUCUGAGUUUGUAUGCUUUCAGCAUGUGUUUAGGGAAACAAAUUUUGUGGCUAAUGUUUUAGCCAAUCUUGGACAUAUGUUGAGUAACUUACACUGCUGGGAGGAGUGUAUUCCCUCGGAAACGUCUUCUGUUCUUGCCUUUGACAUUGUAAACCUUGGGUGCAUUGGAGGCACCUCCAUCUAA